CCCCUCCCACCGCUCUUCCUCCUUCCCGGGGAAGUAGGGAACUUCCUGGAGGCCGAGGGGCACGGUGGGUCCUCCCUGGGCUGGGGGGUGGUGGAUUCAGGACGCUCACCCGCACCCCCAUCGGUCGACUGCCCGCGAUCCGCGCACCCGAGCGAUGGAGUCCUCCUGGCUCGAGACGCGCUGGGCGCGGCCCUUUUACCUGGCGUUCGUGUUCUGCCUGGCCCUGGCGCUUCUGCAGGCGAUCAAGCUCUACCUGCGGAGGCAGCGGCUGCUGAGAGACCUGAGACCCUUCCCUGCGCCCCCCACCCACUGGUUCUAUGGCCACCAGAAGUUACUUCAGGACGGUAAAAUGAAGAAGCUCGAGGAGUUUGUUGCAAACUACCCUUGUGCCUUUCCUUGCUGGAUUGGGCCCUUCCAGGCAUUUUUCUACAUCUAUGACCCGAACUAUGCAAAGAUUUUUCUGAGCAGAACAGAUCCCAAGCCCACUCACCUGUACUCGUUCUUGAUGCCUUGUGUGGGAAAAGGGCUGGUGAAUCUAGAUGGCCCAAGGUGGUUCCAGCGCCGUCAUUUACUAACUCCUGGAUUCAGUUUUAACCUCUUGAAGUCCUAUGUAGAGGUGAUGGCCCAUUCUGUGAACACGAUGCUGGAGAAGUGGGAGAGGAUUUGCAGCACUCAGGACACGGCUUUGGAGGUCUCUGAGCACAUCAGCUUGAUGACCCUGGACAUACUCAUGAAGUGUGCUUUCAGCUGGGAGACCGACUGCCAGAUAAAUAGCACCCAAGAUCUGUAUGUAAACGCCAUGGUUGAAGCCAGCAAAAUCAUCUUUUAUGACAUGCAUAAUUUCUUCCAUCACCAAGACAUAAUUUUCAAAUUCAGCCCUGAGGGCCACCGCUUACAGGAGAUAAGCAACAUGUUGCAUGAGUGCACAGAAAAAAUAAUUCAGGAUAGAAAGAAGUCCCUCGAGAAUGAGGAGCAGGAUAACACUCAGAAGAGGAAUUACCAGGAUUUUCUGGAUAUUCUCCUUUCUGCCCAGGCUGAAUAUGGCGACAGCUUCUCGGAUUCUGACCUGCAGUCCGAAGUGAACACAUUUGUGUUAGCUGGCCACGACAGUUCGGCCAGGGCCAUCUCCUACCUGCUCUACCAUCUGGCUAUGAACCCCGAGCACCAGGAGAGAUGCCGGGAGGAGAUCAGAGGCGUCCUGGGGGACGGGGCUUCCAUCACCUGGGAACAGCUGGGUGAGAUGUCUUACACCACAAUGUGCAUCAAGGAGUCGCUCCGACUGGCCCCUCCAAUCCCGUCCAUUUCCAGGGAACUCAGCAAGCCCAUGACCUUCCCUGAUGGACACUCCUUGCCUGCAGGAAUAACUGUGGUUCUCAGUAUUUGGGGUCUUCACCACAAUCCUACCAUUUGGGAACACCCAAAGGUCUUUGACCCCUUGAGGUUCUCUCAGAAGAAUUCUGAUCAAAGACACCCCCAUUCCUUCCUACCCUUCUCAGCUGGACCCAGGAACUGCAUCGGAGAGCACCUUGCCAUGGCUGAGCUGAAGGUGGCCAUUGCGUUGAUUCUGCUCCACUUCAGGGUGAUUCCAGACCCCACCAGACCUCUCCUCUUCUUGCCCCAGACUGUCCCCAAACCCCAACAUGGGCUGCACGUGUGCCUGAAGAAACUCACUAAAUGCUAGGGCCCCAAACAAAUACCCUAUAUAUCUGUUUUGAAUUUAAAGCACAGCCAUGGUCUAAGAAAAAGGAAAGAAUGAAAAUAUGGUGGAACGGGAGGGGUGGGAAGAUGGGGGUCUCUGCACAUUAUCCAAAAACAUUUCCAGAUGACAGUGUCACCUAGCUCUAUCUCUAUAUGCCUUUGGAGGGUUUUCAGAUCUGUUCUGUUUGAUUCAGACUAUUAAUGCAAUGUACCAAGAUUUUUGUUAGGUUACUUUAUUUUCUGUUGUUUCUUAAAAUGGCUCGCAGGUGUAUAGCAGGUGUAUGUGUGCUUGCUGUAAAGAUAUCCAAUACUAGAAAAGCCUGUAGAGUAAGAGUAAAAUUCCUGCUUCACGUGGCUCAUACCAAUCUUACUAUUUUUUCCAAAACACAGAAUCAUUUGGUAUGCAUUCUUUCAGACUUCUCCUAUACAUUCCCUAUGCACGUUUGUGUGAGUGUGUGUGUGUGUAUUUUUGCAGGUGGGAUCACAUUCACAUUGUUCUUGCAUUUUUCAUUUAAUAAAAGUACCUCUCAUUCCUAGUUAUAGGGAUUAAUGCUAAUAUUAAUUCUAUAGUAUGGAUGCUCUGCAAUUUAACUAUUUCACUAUUACUAAACAUGUAAGUUAUUUUAUACAAAAUACUUAUUGCCCAGUGUGUUUAUCUUUAUCUUGUACUCGGACUAUUAUAUUAUCUAUGUUUAUUUUUUAUAUGGAAUUUGCUUUUUUCUUGGUUCCUGUGAGUUCUUAGUACAUUGUGGAUAAAAAUCCUUGGUUGUAAAUUCCCUUUAUAAUUAUUUUACUUUUAGAAAGCUGUAUUUAUGGUGUGUGUUAACAUAUGAAGCUUCUAAAUUUUCAUGAAGUAAAAUAUGGCUUUU